UGCAGGGUGCCUGUCACGUGGCUCACGAAGCUGCCGCCACCAACCAGCCUCCUUAACACCCCUCCAGCUCCCCGCGAGACCACCUGGGCCUCCGCUGGCGCGUUGGCCGGGCCGCACCCCAGGCCCCGCCCCUCACGGCCCGGCCCCCGCAAACCCCGCCUCCACGCUCUCCCCGGCGCAGGCGGGACCGCGCCGGACGCACGCCCCACCCACAUCCUCGAUCUUUCAUUGCGGUGGGGACUUUCCCGAGUCCUCGCUUCGCGCCGACCGGAAUCCGAGAAGAUGGCGAGCCAGGUUAUCAAAUGUAAGGCUGCGGUUGCCUGGGAGGCUAGAAAGCCUCUCUCCAUAGAGGAGAUAGAGGUGGCACCCCCAAAGGCUCAUGAAGUUCGAAUUAAGAUUAUUGCCACUGCAGUUUGCCACACUGACGCCUAUACCCUGAGUGGGGCUGAUCCUGAAGGGAGUUUUCCAGUGAUCUUGGGACAUGAAGGUGCUGGAAUUGUGGAAAGUGUUGGUGAAGGAGUUACUAAGCUGAAGGCAGGUGAUACUGUCAUCCCACUUUACAUCCCACAGUGUGGAGAGUGCAAAUUUUGUCUAAAUCCUAAAACGAACCUUUGCCAGAAGAUAAGAGUCACUCAAGGGAAAGGAUUAAUGCCAGAUGGCACUAGCAGAUUUACUUGUAAAGGAAAGACAAUUUUACAUUACAUGGGAACCAGCACAUUUUCUGAAUACACAGUUGUGGCUGAUAUCUCUGUUGCUAAAAUUGAUCCUUUAGCCCCUUUGGAUAAAGUCUGCCUUCUGGGUUGUGGCAUUUCAACUGGUUAUGGUGCUGUUGUGAACACUGCCAAGGUGGAGCCUGGCUCUACUUGUGCCGUCUUUGGCCUGGGAGGAGUUGGAUUGGCAGUUAUCAUGGGCUGUAAGGUGGCUGGUGCAUCCCGGAUCAUUGGUGUGGACAUCAAUAAAGAUAAAUUCACAAGGGCUAAGGAGUUUGGGGCCUCUGAGUGUAUUAACCCCCAGGACUUCAGUAAACCUAUCCAGGAAGUGCUCGUUGAGAUGACUGAUGGGGGAGUGGACUAUUCCUUUGAGUGUAUUGGCAACGUUAAAGUCAUGAGAGCAGCGCUGGAGGCCUGCCACAAAGGCUGGGGCGUCAGCGUGGUGGUUGGAGUAGCUGCCUCAGGUGAAGAAGUUGCCACUCGUCCAUUCCAGCUGGUAACAGGCCGCACGUGGAAAGGCACUGCCUUUGGAGGAUGGAAGAGUGUAGAAAGCAUCCCAAAGUUGGUGUCCGAAUAUAUGUCCAAAAAAAUAAAGAUUGAAGAAUUUGUGACUCACAAUUUGCCUUUUAACCAAAUUAACGAAGCCUUUGAACUGAUGCAUGCAGGAAAGAGCAUCCGAACUGUUUUAAAGCUUUAAAUUCAAAAGAGAAAAAUUCUUCCAUCCUUAUAACUAAGUCUUGUGGUCUGAUUGGAGCAGCCAGACAAGCAGGAAGGAGCUCUUUCAAGUUCACAUCUUCUUAGACCUUCAUUAACUGACUCUGGGGAAUAAUGUUUUCUGUAUAAAUUCAUAAAUGUCUAAUCAAGGACAAGGCUAAUACUGUCAUAAGUCUGUUUUCUGGACUCUUCACAUAAAUAAUUGCUGGCUCAUUAAGGAAUAUUUUUAACAUAAUAAAAGGCAUUUCUGCAUA